GGAACGUAAGCUUUCCUUGUCCUUUGUACGUUUGUUUUACUUUACAGAGUAUGAUUAUCUCUCUUCCUCGAUGCAGACACCAAAUUGGCUUAACUGGCAAAAAGCUCCCUCAAAAGUUUGCUUAACCUUUUCCCCUUUUCAACCACUCCCUCCUCUUUCUCGAUCGCCAAAGCGAUGAGCACGUGACCCGUGCACAUUGAUGUGAGUGUAAAUGUCGCCAGGUGGGGUGGGCGUUUAGUAGAAACCAUGGCACAGCCAGAUUGUAAUGUUUUGUUUAGCGAAAUUAGAAGCAUUCGCUGUGGAACAAUCCUCACAUUCAACAAGAACCCGUUGUGUCAAAUUUUAAGUUGUACAAUUUAAAUUACAAUAUAAUUUUUUUUAAAUUUUUUUUCUAUUAUAUUUUUAUAUGAAAGGCAUGGUAUGAUACGUAUAUUGCGUGAGUACUUUGCCAGGGUAGGGCUUGUUGACGUUCUCAGUUUUCUUUCUUUGAGGGGCAAAAAUGAAAGAGACUAAUGAAGCUAGCCUGACAAAAACAAUAACAGAGAAAAGGAAUCGGGCUCAUUCAACCGGAAGCAACUACCCAGUAGUACUGCAAAUUCAUAGUUGUGCCAGAGGGUAAUUUCAGAGUUUAUCUGCCUCUGUUUUUUUUUCCUCUUUUUUUUUUUUUUGGCAUCUAUAUUGCCAGGCAUGGCUUGCUUCAAGAAUGAACUCUCAAGAGUAGGACAACAAGAAUCUUCUUUCCAAAGGUUGUUUGGAGGUUGGAACCCUCAAUACAAUAUUGUUUUUGUA